AUGGGAACAUCGCCGGCACGAAGACCGCCAGCGGGGCGACCGCGCAGGGGUAUCUGCCGUCGGACGGAUCUCGCCCCUGUAAUGGCGCCGCUGAAGCUUACGAGCCGCAGAGGGCGCACUACCAGCGCUGGACGGCAACAGCCGAGCGGACGCAUCGUAUCCGUCCAGAGCCAUCUCGCUACCCCAGCGACAUCCUUAGCCGGGUUCCGAAUCGACUAUCCUUGCUGGCCGGUACCUGAGCGACGCGUGCGAGACUCGUUGAUGCCUGGUCAAGGCCCUCAUGAAGACCGUUAUCAGGCUGGAAGACUUGCUUGUGGGACAGAACUGCAAGAAACCGGAACGAAUCCUGCACCAGCGAAAACUCGUUCACGUGUACGAUCCAGUGGAUGUGGUUCUCGCGCGGCAUCUGUGCACGGAGGUGCGAACCCUGCUCGUGCAGUCAAACGCGCACUGGAAUCCGACUGGUUCUGCAUAGGCCCAGCGGAUGUGUCGGGAAGCUCGCUCCUACAACGAGCUCAGCACAUGUUUUUGGAGGCACGGCACCAUUCGCAUGAGAAUGCACAUAUGGCAUGCAGAUCAGUGCCUUCUGAAACACGCAUAAGCCGCUCUGCCUGCGAGAAGCGUAGCAUGCGUAACCAACUUGCGUCUUCCGCAGAAGAGCGCGGAGCGCGAUCCGUCAUUAUUUGGUGGCUUUUCGCUGCUGCCGCAGAGAUGCAGUUUCGGCGGGAGACGGCAGGCCUCGCUGUUCAUUUCUUCGAUUGCAUCAGAGGAAACGUGACCCUGUCUGCAUGGCUCGAGCACGCAGCCAGCUGCCUUUUAAUCGCCGGAAAAGUUCAGGAACGAUACCCUAUCAAAGACGAGAGCGCUUCAGUCGUUCGCGUCCUCGAGUGGCUCCUGCGCAAAACAUCGACGACGUCACCGCACCCAGAGCGCACAGGCUGGCAGCUGAAGUCGCUCAGCCAGAGCUUGCACCUGGAGCAGGACACAGGAGACCUGAGUGGUGUGCCUUCGACCAGCGACCGCUCGAGUUCAUUGCCUGGCAACUGCCCGGGGGUCGCUGCGCCUGCACACCAACGCACCAGCAGAAUCGAGCAGCUGAAGUCUUUCCAGGCGAAGCUUUUGUGCUUCGAGCCGGCUGCUUGGCGGAGUUUCUCCACGAUAACGCCUCUGCGUCAGGGAAGCUGGAGAAGUCCUAUCACGAGCAAGUUGCCGUGCCAGCUGCAGGCGCUUCCAGGCCGCAAGCCCGAGGCAUCGGACGCGGAGCAAGCUGGCGCCGUUUCAACUGAAAGCGACUCACAGGCAAUCUGGCGACGCAUUCGCAGCAUUGAACCGCAAGUUUUGGACUGGCUCCAUUGGGAACUCCAAUGCCCAACUAUUUACAGCUGUCUCUAUCUGCUCUAUCGUUUGUACCAGGACACCAAUGACCAACUUUGGAAUGAACAAAACCGAUAUUACUCGCGCGUAGAGGAGGCGACUACACCAGUUAGAGCCCGAUGUCUUACCGGUGCGAUUCGGUCAUCGACAACAGAUCCCGCAAUCGAGAACCCCGCUCAGCCUACGAGCACACGUCUCCCAGCACAACUGAUAGAGGCGUCGCUCAGUCCUCGGACCGAAAAUAUGGAGAUACCCGAGCAGGAGUCGCCGCAUGCAUGUUUCACACCUGUGCGCAGCGGCACAUGGCCCGCACCCGAUCAACUCCUGGCUCUCGCGGAGAGUUACGCUGAUCACUGCCUUCAAGAUCUAUCGAUUUUGCAAUUUUCCUCGGACGUUAUCGCCAGUGCAUGUUUGAUCGAAGCCCUGGGGGAACGCGGCUACGAUGAGCGCAGGCGGUAUGUUGCGUUGCUUGCACAGCAGCAACUAUCUGUGGGUGCAGAGGCGUUGCGCAGCUGCUGUAAGCAGCUGCGCGAGAAACUCCCUUGCUGCAGAGCGGUACCAUGCACGCCGUGUCCGGAGACACUCGUAUCACAUGUUCAUCCGACUCAGUGUUCACCGUCUGUGGUAGCAGGGCCCCAGUCGCACCAAAUGCCUGCCAGGCGUGGAUCUGGGUCAGUAUCGAACUUAUCGUCGCAUUCGCUGGAAUGCCCAGAGGCAGCGUUCACACCAAUCUGUCGGGUCAUGUAUGAACCAAUGCGUCAACGCUGGGAUAACUUGCUCUUCCCUGAGUCGCUUCUGGAAACAGCUGGCUGCGGCCCAUUUGCACAGAAAACGUCAAAUGACAUCUCACCAGUCGACAUUAGCCAGGGUCGCUUUUGA